UUUACACAUUUGGAUGGUGCAUUUUGAGUCAUUUCAAAACAUUUCGAGUCAUUUUGUGUCAUUUCGAGAGUUAACUAGGAGCAUUUUUAGUCAUUUCGAAUCAUUUCGGUGUUUAGAAGGGCCCAAUACACCGUGGUGGCGCUGCAUCAACGUGGGAAAGUUUGAAACUAUCGAGUACUUUCAUUUCUGAGAUCAUCAUUAUUGUCAAUAUCAAGCUAUUCUAUUCUACGGUGUGGUAUCACUGGUAUAAUAUACAAUAUUUGUAUAUUUUGUUCUCAGGUUGUGCAACAAUAACACAUUGCAACUUGUGAUGAUGGUCUGCGUGGUCUGCCAAUGCUGCACAUCAUGUAUAAAUUGUUGCUGAUCACUUGCAACUAGUCGGAAUAGAAUGAGCCAGCCAUAUGGAGAGCUCUGCUCAGUCAUGGAGCCUGAACCUGAGGAAAUUAGAAGAGCUGUUCAGAUGAACAAAUCUCCCAUGGAUCACAAUGCCUUUGUUAAGUCUGUCUGCCCGAGCAGUGACAGUCCUUGGCAUGUGUUUAAAACUCCAAAUUCUACACUAGUCAUCCACAGGAGCCCGCGCACUAAUGCGGGCACCUCGAAAACACCUUCAACGUUUUCACUGUCUAAGAGUCCGUAUGAAAGCAGUACUGGUGGAUCAGUGUACCAUACUGGAACUCCGCUCAAACACCUGACUUAUAGCAGUUCAAGUGGGUCAUCAACGUCGAAAACGCCGUCAGGGUCUCGCAUCAACCCAUCAUCUUCAGGAUCAUCAAUGUUAAAAACUCCAUCAGGUCCGCGCAUCAAUCCAUUUGAGAUUGGACUCAUGGAUCGCUUGCAAGCACCCUCAUUCAGUCCCUCCGUCUUUCAAAAUGUGCCAACGCCAAACAAAGAGGAGAGGGGUUUUUUCUGGACGAUCGAUGAGCUCGCUGUACUGCAGCCGGUAGAGAUGGAUGAACGUGAUCAUGCACAGCAACAGGCCCAGCACCAUUUCUUAGACCAUGAAACGGAGAGCAAAUUCCAGAGUGCUAUAGACGAAUACUUUCUUCGGCAUGCCCACACGCAGCUAGCAGCAUCACCAUCCCCAAACAACCAGCCAGUCGGACCGGUGGCCAUUGAAAGGACUGCUGCGAUCGUGACUGCAAGGAAUGAGUGCGUGCCUAAUACUAGUGUAAAAAAUCAGUCACCAGAAGAUGACUGUACUGGCUCUGCUACCAGGAAACUCCAAGAUGCCAGCUGCCAGACGACCCUCACGUUGCCGAUGAAUGUCAACCUAGAGAAGCUUCUUGCUCAUUACUAUACCUACCAAGAGGAGGAGCCACUGAACAAUUCUGUGCUGCGCAGGAAGUUGUUCUUCUGCGAGGAAGCCAAUGGGAUCAGCUCGGACGUGGCACAGGUUGAUGAUGUGGCCAGUCCCGGCCGUGGCUGGCAUCUUGUCACGGGUGACCAGGUGGAAUACGACUGUGAUAAUAGUCCCGAAAUCCUUUCAAAAUUCGAUGUCGGCCCUCAUCACAAGGUAGCGCCACGUGCCUCUGACACUCCCCCCAGCCAGAUGAAUAGUCCUCAGAUGUCACCGAUUGGGAGCCUUGCGUCAGGAGAGAAGACUCCAGGCGCCACGUUGUCAUCGGCGGGCAGCAGGAUGAGCCAGAGACUCGCAUCGGUCGACGACGCCACCGUCGACUGUCGCAGCUUGUCCGACAUUCAUAGCGGUCAGUAUGGCAGCUUCCUUAGCGGUAGCGAUGGCAGCAGCGGGGACCGGGUCGCGCACGGCAAUGACAGCCUGGUGAACCACGAGCGUGCGAGCAGCAAGCCAGAGACGAGCUUCACUGAGCGGCCGACGGUGACGACGGCGCGCCGCAACCUGACGCUGUCGAUGAUCUGCGCGAUGGACGCCGACGAGAACUCUCGCGGCGACGACGAUGCCGCCGCGGCCGGCCCGCUCGCGGCGUCGCAGCCGCCGACAAACCUGACGAGUCACGACGCGUGCAUGACCGGCAGCCACCUGAUGUCGACGAAUCAGGACACGGGGUACGUGACGGGCAGCCUCCAGUUGACGAAUCACGACUCCGUGUACCAGAGCGGCUUUCUGUCGAACACCUUCGGCCGUAACCCGUCGGAAAACCUCAGCGAACUUCCCGUGAACAAGGCGAAAAUUGCAAAUGUCGCUGCCGUGCGUGCCGGCGACCACGCUAACGCACUGAAGCAUCAGCUGUUGGAAGAUCGGUCAAACAGCAGUGAGAUGGAGGCGGAUUCUGGUCGCCAGUCCCUGACCUCGGAGGCAUGCAAACCACUGGAGUCUCUUGCCAUGCAAAAGGUGGCUGGAAAAGAACCAAGCACGGGUUCUUUUUUCUACUGGGAACCGAUUGUCUCCUCAACACCGCAGAAGCUUCGGCGGUGUGGCACUCUGGCAGACAUGGACGUCAGCUCGUGACAUUGCUCCUGAUGCUGCCAAUGUUGUUUCGUGCUGUAUCACCAGUGCAGUAUAUGUAUAUGAUGGCCUUUUGUGUGAGAAAAAUGAUAAAACGUACUAAAAUUAUGGUUGGUCACCAGUUGUCAUAUUCACAAUGUGGCACCUUUAAUUUAUAGAAAUUCCAACGUUUAUUUGUAACAUCGAAUCAGACCAGUCUAGUGUGCCUGGAAAAUCAUAGCACAUUAUCCAGAUUUCGAUUUAGCAAAAAUAUCACAUGAAUACUGACAACAAUAUGACAAAGAAAAUGUGAAAAAAUGAAAUGAAUCUUUUGUACAGUGCUCUUUCCAAACCAGCUUUAAUUUUUUAUUAUUGUGUUUAGUUCUUUGAAUUAUUGCAAUUGGUUUAUUCUGUCACUGCACAUGUUUGAAAAGGUUGCUAAAAUAGUAAUAUUAUGUGUGCUAUAUAAAUAUGUAAUGUCAGAUGUAACAAUUGUUCAAACUGCACAAAGCCAACCGACUCAUAAUUAUUAUAAUCUUUAAUUAUAGUAGCUGCUUAUAUAUAUAAUUUUUAUACUGAAUUUGUGACGUUUUGAACAGGAAAUAAAAGUAUUUAAUGUUUUGACAAA